AUGGAGAGAUAUAAUACAUCCUAUUGUUUUCUUAGAAUAGUGCUCAAAGUACAUAACUCACUUUGCUAUUACAGGGAGGAUGGGUCCUUUGUGAUCAACAAUGUCCCAUCGGGGUCGUAUGUCGUCCAGGUGAUGAAUCCCACCUUCAUAUACGAGCCACUGCGUGUUGACAUCAACUCAAAGGGGAAAAUAAGAGCUAGGGCUGUGAAUCACAUCCAGCCAUCCAAUGUUGUGCAGAUGCCACAUCCUCUGAGAAUGAAGUCCUUGGGACCCUACCGCUACUUCCUUGAGCGUGAGCAACUACGCAUAACGGACUUCCUCAUGAACCCUAUGGUAUUGAUGACUGUCCUCCCACUUGCCCUCAUGAUGAUUCUGCCAAGACUCAACGACCCUGAGACGCGCAAGGAGAUGGAACAGAUGCAAAUGCCCAAGAUGGACACUCCAGAACUUUCAGAGAUCAUGACAUCCCUCUUUGGCGGAGGAAGCACAAGCCACAACCAGGGGGCACAGCAGAAGACCAGAUCACGCCCAAAUAAACGGAAGGAAAAAUUAACCUAAUGAAUCACUAUUUUUAUCAGCAAAGCAAAUUAUGUACCCCUGUGUGUAAAGAACUAUUUAUACUGACUAUCGUAUAAGGGAUGUGUAUCAUUUGUCUGUUGACGUGUUGCCUUCUGAGAUUGUUUCUUUAGCAAAUGUUCUUUUAUAGGAAAGAAAAAUUAAUGUGUGCAAGGAAGUGCAACUGCAGUGAAGUGAGCAUUGUCACAAAAAAAGUUUAAUCUAAGGGGCAACAGGAGCAAAUACCACAUAAGGUGUGAGUGGAAGAAUUAAACUUUAUCUAUGUGUAUGUAUGUGGGAAAGCUAUAAAAUGAAAUAAAAAAUAAAUAUUGGAACCAGCCUUUACAUUUUAAAGAUGAGAAGAGCAAAUAAACAUGUUUUAGCAACUUUGUUGAUAAUAGAUUUAACAUUCUUUUCUUUCUGGUGUUAUACUAGACCUUUUGAAUUCAAAUUGAGUUACAGAACUCGGCUUUUUGUUUGUUUGAGUUGAUUUUUUUUUUUUUUUUUUUUUUUUUUUUCUUCCCCCCCACCCCCUGGACAUACACUCUUGUUCAACUUUCCAAAGCAUUCAAGUGCAAAUAUUAAUCUUUUCUUGAUGCUGUAUAUGUGCUUAGUUAUAAAUAUUUGAUAAUAAAAGUGCCUACUUCUUUUCUAGUUAGAGUUUCUUCCCAGUGACAGAAGGCAGUUUAUCAUCAGUAAUAGCUUGCAUUAUAUGGCUGAACAUUAAUACUACUAAAUUCUGACACUGAAAGUAUGUAUAGAGAAUGUAGUUUGUUAGUGCAGGUAUUUACAAGUGAAAUUGUCAGAUAGUUCACUUUAUGGAAGAAAAAAGCUGAAUGAUGUAAAACAGAAAAAAAAAUCUUUUUAUCAAUGUAUUUAAUUAUAGAAGUGCAUCAGGCUUACAGUGUAUGGGUAAUGCAUAAAUAUAAGGCAUACUUUAUCCUUUUUUCAUGAACUUCUUCAUCAAACCACAAUAUACUGAUGCAUUUACGAUAUAUUUUUUAGCUUUUGUCUGUUUCAUAUACACUUUUGCUACAUGGCAUUGGAAAUCCUAUUUUGCAUUGAAGAUCAGAACUAAGAAUAUUUGAACAUCACCUGUAGUAAGCCAUCAAAAUUCUGUGAAAGGGUUCCUGUUCUUUACCACUUAUUGUACUUUCUGUGAUGUUGUUGGUAACAGUUGAAAAGGUAGUAAUGUACUGAAAAUUAUUCCAGUUAUUGUUUGUAAUAUACUGCAGAAUACUAUAGCCACAAUGAAUCUUUAGACCAGUAAAUGUAAUAGUUGAACAUUUCCCAUCAACCAUUAGAAGAAAGUGGAGAGAAAAAGAAAUAUGCAACUUCAGUUUAUUUUUAUUGAAAUUAAUCACCUACAGUAGCAUGGAUAAAUAGUAAUGUAACAGUGACAUGAAAGAGAAUGAUUAUGCCACUCAUUUUGGCCUUUUUUUACCAUUAUGAAUAAUGUUAAACAGAUUUUUUAAUGAUUUUUAGCAUUUUUUUCAUUGCCAAAUCUCUUGUCACUAUGUUCAACUGUUCAUAGAUGGUUAUUACUUUCUGCAUAUCAAUUGAUUUGACCAUUAAUAAAAAUAGAUAAAAAAGA